CCACGAAUUGGAUAUCAUUUGGCUUGCAAGUGACAAACGAACAUACGCCAGUACAUUAUGAAUCGGUAUUUGAAGCAGUACAGUCAACUUGGAUAUUUAAAUCGUAGUUACUUGCGACGAUAGAAAACUAUUCAGGCAGUCAGUUGUCAUCUUGUGAGAAAAUCAUUAGAAUACAAAAAUAAUAAACAUGGAGAGAACUGUUAAACGACGAAACAAAGCCCUGCAGACUACGGACGUAGAAAAUUCAACAGCUAAUCAAGAAGAUGAGAAAAACGUACAAGAGAAGCCGAGAAACACAUUGAAGUACUACUUCAAUAGAUUUAGGUACUAUCAUUACUGUUUGGCUGAAAGAUUGGACAAUUUAAUUGGAGCGGUGUGCCUUACGAUAAUUAAAAUUUAUCUUUUCUUAAUGGAAUGGCAUCAACAGCUCGAUCAACAGGAUGCUGAGAUGACGAGCACGAUAAAUAUGGACGAUGGAUAACUUACGCUACAAAUACAUUAUGUAUACAUAUAUUUUGUAGAAUAAAUUAUUUUUAUUCAAGUAAUUUGAAAUACAUGAAAUACGCGAGCGUCUACUAAUAACGAGACUGUUCAGUCGCGCGAUUCUAUUAUGUACUUUAUAAACAUCGCUACUAUUCAAUGUAAAAUCAAUAAUAAAUUCCUAAGAUAUUGAAAA